AUGGCAACAACCGCAACGAAUCACCCAAACCCGCCCAAGCGUUCCGACUCCGAUGUCUCCCCCAGAACAGUGAACCCUCCCAAGAACUCAGCUUCAGAAGACGCAAAGGCGGAUUACUUCCCAGAUUCCAACACAGUCGAUGGAUCCAAUACUAGUGUUCGGGCCAGCGAUGGUGACGAUUCAUCUGCUCGGAAGUCAAGCAUCUCAUUCGCACCAGAUCCUCGACGUAGCUCAAGCUGUGAAAGCAACCAAAAUGCAGCUUCAGCGCCAGGCCAGGACUCGUCGAUCCAAAGGAAAUCGUCCACCGGCUCUGUCUCUUUUCGUAGAAUGACAAACCCUCAACUUCCCCAAGGAAAUCCUCAACAGAUGAGCAACAGUCGCAUACGUGCGAGCUCACCGGACCACUCAAGGUAUGUAGCAACUUUAUUUAUCCUUUCCUCUUCCCGUUGCACAAAUUUUUGCUGUGAUCGAAUGCCAAUGUCCUCAACCCAAUACUGGAUUGUACUUGCAAUCUUCUAUCGGCCUGACCAAACCUGA